UUAGAAUAACACUCUACUUUUCUCUAAACAUUUUUUAUUACACAUUAUUAAACACUUUUUCACCAAAAUGGGAGCCACAAAACACUCAAAACACGCAGGAAAUAUGAAUAUACGUUCAGCGUAUAUUCGUUAGGACAUACGAUUUGUUUUUGUUUUGAAAAUGCCGCCAUAGGAUGGCUGACGUUCACCAACACCAUCAUAGACUUUUAUCGUCCUCCUGCUCUUACUUACGGCAAAGUUUCUUCCAUCUCACGAUUCGAGCAAAUUUUUACCCAAAUUUCUCACCCCCUCGGGCCUAUAUUUCGCUUGACAAUUUCUACUUGGGUAUGACCUCGUGUUCGCACGUCAAAUAUCGAUGCGUCAUAUGGGAGCGUGCGUGGGAGAGAAUUUAAUGCGUAAAAUUCUCUCACCGCUUCCUGCGUGAGCUAGUAUUUAAGCUGCGUGCAAUUAAUCAUAUGCUCUCUCUUGUUCGGUGCGUUAAUUGUUAAACAGGUGCAAGUGGCAGUAAAAGUGUAACGAGAUUUUAUUGACGGCUUCGUGUUACAAUUUCUUUAACGGACGGCUACGUGUGCGUGAAUCAGGUCGAAAUGGAAAAAUGAAUCAAUUCGGAUGGAUAAUUAGCGGACGUUAAGAAUGGAAGGGCGCUCACAAGCCUGCAGUCACGCAAGCUUAUUGUGUUUUAGCCGAGGAUGAUUUAAAUGCUGCUAUGUAACAACUCGUAAUGCUCGAGAACAUACCAGAAGAGAGAGUUCCGUCCAGCGAAGACCAAGCAAUGGAACAGUGGUAUCUCAAAACGAUCACACGAGAGAAAACUGGUCGAUAUGUAGUUGAACUCCCAAAGAUACCGCGGUACGAGGAAAGACUGGGUGACUCCAUGCAAGGUGCCAUAAAACGCUUUGCGACCAUAGAAAGGCGUUUGAAUCGGGACAACAACCUCAAACAGCAAUAUCACGAGUUCAUGGAAGAAUACUUGCGAUUAGGUCACAUGACUGAAGUGUCAACCGUCGACAAGGUGAAAGCGGAAGGAGUGUCAUAUUAUUUGCCUCAUCAUGCCGUGUUGAAGCAGGCGAGCACAACCACAAAAUGUCGCGUGGUAUUCGAUGCAUCGCAUAGGACCAGCACAGGCACCUCAUUGAAUGAUAUUCUUCUGAACGGUCCGCAGUUUCAAGACGACAUUGUAUCAAUUCUUCUUCGUUUUAGGAUGAGAAGAGUUGGGGUUGUUGCCGAUGUUGAAAAAAUGUAUCGGCAGAUUCUGGUGGUUCCGGCGGACAAAAGGCUACACCGCAUCCUCUGGCGCAAAGAAGGGUCGGAAGAGGUAUCGAUUUUCCAGCUGAAUACGAUCACGUACAGUACCGCCUGCGCUCCUUACUUGGCCAUUAGAACGUUGCGAAAAAUAUUUGAAGAUCAUGAAGAAAGCCACCCGAGAGCCAUGUGUUGGUACAAUGACUUCUACGUCGACGAUCUUCUCAGCGGAGGUGAUACAGCAGAAGAAGUAAAGCAGAUUCAGGGUCAAUUGUGCGGAAUGCUCGCUGCUGCUGGAUUCAGACUGCGAAAAUGGGCGUCAAAUGAUGCAAGUGCAUUGAGGGAUGUUCCGAUGGAAGACCUUGCUAUUGGUGAGGAAGCGAACAUCGAUGGAGCAGAUGUCGGACUAGCGUUAGGACUAGUGUGGAAGACGAAUUUCGAUAGUUUCAGCAUACGAGUACCACAUAUCGAUACAUCUAAGCCAAUAACAAAACGGAACGUACUAAGCAACCUCGCCAAGAUGUACGAUCCUUUAGGAUUUCUAGAUCCGAUUAAGAUGAAGGGGAAGUUGCUUAUGCAAACACUAUGGUCACUGAAGAAUCCCAAUGGACAAACGUGGUCGUGGGAUGCAGAACUGCCUGAGACAAUACAGGAGGAAUACAGGAUAGUUUCCGGCAAGUUUAAACAUUUGGAAAGCAUUUGCAUUCCUCGGCAUCCAAAGUUGAACUCAAACUGGCAAUAUCACAUUUUUUGUGAUGCAUCAGAGCGUGGAUACGGUGCUUGUGUCUACAUACGGAGCAGUUCAACGACGGAAGGAGUAAACAUCAGCAUACUAAUUGUUAAUCCCGAACCAGAGGUCAUUCGACCCCGAGACCCGAACCUACUCUCUCCUGACCUCUAGCGGUGGGUUUCGCAACCAGACGCGAUCGGAAGAGUGCUGUCAAUGCUGACUGACAGCUUACUUAUCGUUUGUUUGUAUCGUAAACCGUAGAAACACUAAUAUCAAAGUCGAAGAUGGCACCGUUAUCCAAGAAACUGACGAUCGCGAGGUUGGAGUUGUGCGGAGCACUUUUGGCGAGUCGGUUAUAUCAGUUCGUGAGACAAGCGCAGUUGCCACAAGCAACGUGUUACAUGUGAACGGAUUCGAUGACCACCUGGCAUGGGAUACAAAGUGCUCCUCAUACCUGGAAGACUUUUGUAGCCAAUCGAGUAGCUAAGAUCCAUGCCCUAACAGACAGUGCAGUUGGCGACAUGUACCGGGAUUGCAGAACCCAGCUGACCUCGUGUCACGAGGUUGUGAUCCAGAUGAAUUCUGCAAGAACACGCUUUGGUGGUCGGGGCCAGAAUGGUUGAUGCAAGACGAUGCAAACUGGCCGAAACCACCUGAUGUGGGAGCAUCAGCAGCGAUAGUCUCAUCAGUGAUUGAAGAGGAGCAAAUAGCUGAAUGAGCAUCAACUGAUUCAUCAGUACAGAAGAAGAAGUUUAGUGAACAUUUGUUCAAACGAGUGUCGUCAUACACUUAGUUAUGUCGCGUCGUAGCAUAUUGUAUGAGAUUUGCGACAGUGACGAAAUCGAAAGGAAAGGAGCGGUCUACAAGCCUUACAGCAGAGGAGAUAUUGGAUGCAGAAAUUCGUAUAAGUCGGUUGGCCCAAUUGGAGGUAUUUUCGGAAGAGGUGAGACUGUUGCUAAAGGGUGUUCGAGUAGCAGGAAGUUCGCCGAUAUCCACGCUUGCCACUUAUAUGGACGACCAUGGUUUGCUUCGAGUGAAGGGAAGGUUGGAUAAUUCAUCGUUGAGCGACUGGGCAAAACAUCCAAUAGACGUCCCGAAAACGCAUCGACUGGCACUGUUGAUUCAACACUAUCAUCGGAAGUUACUUCAUGCAGCGCCGCAGUUAACAGUCAUAGCGCUACGACAACGUUUUUGGGUGCUCGGCGCAAGAACGACCAUUAGGAGAUUGUGCCGUCAGUGUUUGAUAUGUUUCAAGGCCAAGCCGUCGAAUGUUGUUCAACCAAUGGCACAGUUACCUGCAGAAAGGGUCAUGAAGGCAAGACCAUUUUCGAUUUCUGGUGUGGAUUAUUGUGGACCAGUCUUCAUCAAAGGAAGUCAUCGGAAGGCAGCACCAACUAAGGCUUUCAUUGUGGUUUUCGUAUGUUUUGUUAGCAAGGCCAUACAUCUAGAGUUGGUAUCGAACUUCAGCACGGAGGCGUUUCUAGCGGCUUUAAGGAGAUUCGUCGCGAGGAGAGGACUAAUAUCAGCAAUGCAUUCUGAUAACGGUACCAAUUUUAAGGGUGCCGCAAACGAGUUGAAUGGAAUUUAUAACCUAUUUUAGUCUUCGAAAUUCCAGAAUUCCAUUCAAGAGUGGAGCAGCUCGAGUCGUAUCAUCUGGCGGUUCAUUCCCCCACGAGCUCCGCAUUUCGGUGGAUUGUGGGAAGCAGCGGUACGAUCAAUGAAGCUUCAUCUAAAACGCGUACUCGGAGACAUACCGCUGGCUUACGAAGAUAUGACGACUUUGUUGGCUGAAAUAGAGGGAUGCUUGAAGUCACGACCGAUUACUCCGUUGUCCGAUGAUCCUGAGGAUCUAGAAGCGUUAACCCCAGGGCACUUCAUAACUGGAUCUAACAUGCAACAGCUACCAGAGAUAGACCUGAAGAACAUUCCAGAAAAACGUUUAAGCCAUUGAAGAGCAACGCAGCAACGUGCACAACAUUUCUGGAAUCGUUGGCAUAAGGAAUAUUUGCAGCAACUAAAUGCGAGGACCAAGUGGAAUGGUAUAGCUACAGAUAUAAAACCGGGAAUGAUGGUAAUAGUCCGUGAAGAUAACGUUGCGCCAUCGAAAUGGCCGUUAGGAAGAAUAAAGGAAGUGCAUCCAGGGAAAGAUAAUAUUGUACGCGUAGUGACGGUUCGAACAGCUCAAUCAGAUAAUGUGAAAAGACCUGCUACAAAAAUAUGUAUCUUACCAAUAGAAGCAGGCAAAUAUGAACUCAAUACCAAUAUAAGGAACACAAGCGUUGCAGGAAUUCAAUAGGAUAAUUAAAUCAUGUAUUCUAGAAUUGCAGGCAUCUUUGAUAAAUUGAACUGACUACGAAUUUUCAUGAACUUAUAGAUAUAGAUAAAAAUAAAUUUUUUAUGGUGGUCGGGAUGUUCAUGAAUUGGUAAUUGGGUUAGCUAAACAUUAUAGCACAGGUAUUAGUAUUAGUAAGAGACGAACGCAAGUGUAGGCACGCGGAGCGCAA